AUGAAGACUUUCGCCAUUUCCGCUGCCAUCCUGGCAUCCACCGUCGCCGCGCUUCCCACCCGCAUCAUCCCCGGUGGUGCUUCUGGCGUCCUCCCCUCGGGCAUUCCCUCCUGCUUGCCCUCCGGUGUCCUCCCCGCCGGCGUCACCAUCCCCUCAGGCAUUCCGACCUGUAUUCCCUCUGCCUCUGCUAUCCCCAGCGUUGGCACCUCCAAGAUGACCAGCCAGGCCACCAGCCAGGUCCACAGCGUCCUGACCGUCACCGACCAAGCUUCCAAGAGUGUCCUGGUCGAGCUCGAGCCUACCGUUGCCAGCCUCCUCUCUGGCCUCAACCUCGGCAGCGUCACCGAGUCCGUUGGCCAGAUUAUCCAGGUCGCCCCUACGGUUGGCGAUCUGAACCUGAACGGCGCCACUGGCGGUCUCCUGACCGUUGCUACCGGUGAGGGCUCCGUCGCUCUCGUCAAGCUCACCUCCACCGUCGAGGGUCUCCUGUCCGGUCUUGGUCUGCCUGAGGUUGGCUCGCUCGUUGGUUCCCUGGUUGGCACUAUUGAGGGUGCUGUCUCUGGCAACCUGAAGCGCGACCCCCUCUCCGACGUCAUGAGCAUCACUGACCUGAACGGCAACAACCUCCUCGUUCAGGUUGAGCCUACCGUUCUCGGCCUUCUCGGCGGCCUCAACCUGGCCUCCAUCCAGGGCACCGUUGGCACCGUCGUCGCCCAGGUCCCUGCUGUCUCCGGCCUCGCUGCUGCUGCCCAGAACGUCGCCGCAGACCCCACCCAGCUCUUCGGUGUCCUCGGCGAGGACGGAACCUCCGCUCUCCUCGUCAAGGUCGAGGGCACUGCCACCGGCCUGCUGGCCACGCUCGGUCUGCAGGGCCUGACCACCACCGUCGGCAGCGUCGUCCCCGUCACCUCCCUCUAA